UUUGACUGGCAUUCAGCUAAUAGUAUUUCACUUGUAGGUUACAAGACAUGACAUUAAAGCUAAGAAAACCGCGGGAACGAUGCCUCAGGUUUAUCCACAUUUAAUUCUCAACAAUUUCAGGACUAAGUUGGGUGAGAGGACAGCAAAUAUUUUAAAGCAUCUCUUUCCAGUGUCAAAGCCGGACACGAAACGCAUAAUCACUUUUGCCAAUCAGUCUGACUACAUUUCUUUCAGGCAUCAUACCUGUGAGAAGCAUGGAGGCCCUAAAUCUGUUGAGCUGAAGGAGAUUGGUCCUCGGUUUGAAUUGAGGCUUUAUAAGAGGGACAUAAUGGAAACUGGACUCCGGCAAACUCUGUAAGAGCAAGCGUGCAUUGUCCAGGAUACUGCCCUCCACAUAAAAAUGCUCCAUGUCAGUGCCAAUAGCAUUGGCAAUACCGGCAAAGAAUCACCCGAAAAAACACACCCUGCAAUUGAAGUCUUCACAGAAAACCUUAUCCUCUCCAAAGCUGCUAUGGCCUGUGUCGGCAGCCUCCACCACAGUGCGCCAUCGACAGAAAGAAAAACACCCAUCCAAUUAACUUUUAGAAAACCAUUGUGCCACUGAUGAGAGAUGUUAUUUGGAUCCACGUGAACUCUUUUUUU